AUGGCAGGAACAACAAAGUUCUCUGACUUGCCCAAUAAUACCAAUGCCAAAUGGUGGAAAGACCAUGGUAUGAGAAUCAGUUUCGUCCAUAUCAUCACCCUCUAUUGCGCUGUUUACUCAUUGGGUUACGAUGGAUCUCUUCUUAACGGUCUUCAAGCACUUACCGAGUGGAACAAAGAUUUCGGGGCUCCAACCGGUACCAAGCUCGGUCUGAUCGCUGCAUCGUACUAUCUUCCCAAAAUUCCUCUCACCUUCGUCAUCGCUUGGAUGGUCGAUCGAUACGGUCGAAAAAUCGGUCUUUACGUCGGUGCCGUCUUCAUGUUCGCCGGUGCCCUCUUAGGAGGAUUUUGCCAUUCCGUCUCUCAACUUGUCGGUUCACGUAUCCUUUUAGGUGUCGGGACCGCUGCUGCCCAGGUCACUGCUGCUGCACUCGUUCCUGAGCUUGCUCAUCCUCGUAUUCGUCACUACGCUGGUGGUUUUUUGAACACCACUUACUACAUCGGUUCGAUCUUCUCGGCCUGGCUCACCUUUGCCAUGGUGUACUAUCCGGGGACUAGCUCUUGGUCAUGGCGUGUCCCUACGCUUGUUCAAGGUUUCGGCCCUCUCUUACUCGGUGUUGGAGCUUACUUCGUCCCUCAAUCGCCUCGAUGGCUCGUUAAAAAGGGUCGAGUUGAAGAAGCGCACAAAAUCUUGGCUACGUACCAUGCCAAUGGUAAAAUGGAUGACGAACUUGUUCUUCUUGAAAUGCGAGAGAUCAAGGCAUCCGUCGAGCUUGAAAAAGUAUCGGAAGAAGCUUCUUGGCUCGCGUGGUUCCAGACCAAAGGUAACCUUCGACGAUUCUUCGUCAUCAUCAUUCUUGGUACUGCCACCCAAUGGGUCGGUAACGGUGUCGUCCAAUACUAUUUGGUACCAGUCCUCAAGACUGUCGGCGUCACUCGACCCGCUCAAACAACCGGUGUCAAUGGUGGUCUUGCAAUUUGGAAUUGGUUCAUCUCCAUGAGUGGUGCCUCUCUCGUCGAACGAUUCGGUAGACGACCUCUGUUCCUCACUUCCAUCAUCGGAAUGUUCGCUUCGUUCGUCAUGAUCCUCGGUCUCGCCGGAGGAUACAACAGCAAUCACCACUCUGCCACUGGAGUAGCUAUGAUUCCAUUCAUCUUCAUCUUCAUGGGAUUUUACUCCCUCGCCCUCACUCCUCUUCCUAUGCUUUACGUACCGGAAAUUUGUCCUUUGGCUUUACGAGCCAAAGCCGCUGCCCUACUCUUACUCGCCCAGAACUGCGCUCAAUCCUUCAAUCAAUUCGCCAACCCAGUAGCCCUCAGUGCGAUCAGCUGGAAAUACUACGCUGUUUACGUCGGUGUGGAUCUCGUUUACAUCGCCUUGUUCUGGUACAUGAUCAGAGAGACUAAAGGUCUCACCACUGAAGAGGCUGCUGUGGUGUACGAUCCAGACCACGUACAGGAGGCCAAUAUGGAAGCUGAAAGGAGAAUGCACGAAGAAGCUCUCAAGAUUGCUCACUCGGAACAUCACGAUAAGAAGGCAAUCGAAGAAGAAGAAUUCAAAGUAUAA